UUCUGCUUUCCACCGCCACUCAGCUGGCUGCUGCGCUUGGAGGUGGAGCACGGGCCAUCAAGGGAUCAUCCCACUGAAAUCAGUGGAGUCUGUCAAGUGUUGCUCUGUGAAACCCGGGUUCGCGGUGAGAAGAGGAGGCCCCGGAAGGGAGGGCGAGGAGGACCCGGCGCGGGCCUGGCAGGUGAGCUCACCCACGGAGAUGUCUCCCAGCUGCUCAGGCCUGAGGUUCACAUCCUGGAGAACCGCGGUCAACACGGCCGACAGAAGCUCGUCAGGGGUGGUGUCCUGCAGGACGAAGCGCAGCGGCAGUGAGCUCAGCUCCCGCAUCCCCACCCGAGGACUCUGCGGUCACCGUAGCCCAGCGAGUUACGCACUGGCCGCCUUCUGCGACCCUCGCCCGUCGGAGGGGGUCUCACCUUGAAGCCGCCGCGGCCAGAACGGCCGAUGGGGGUGCGCCGUCCGUGCACCACCACCACGUCGGAGGCCGAGGCCUGCGGGAAGCCCGCGGAGCAGGGCGCUGCUUGCAGCGCGGAGCUCGACUCGGGCCUGCCGGCCAGGUGUCCCAGCACUACCUGCAGUCGAUGCAUCGCGAAGGUGGGUCCCGAAGAUUUGCCUGGGUUCUGGGUGCAGAGCUCGAAGAAUAAAAGAGAUCGCCGGCGCAGGCGCAGGACAGCCUCUACCUAGUGAGGCCUAAAAGUUGAACACAACCCUGGUAGACUAAUAUCGCGAGUGAUGGGGUGGGGCUCCCAAGAGGCCCGCCCACUCCUAGACACAACCAAUUAGACUAAGGGGCGUCUGCUUGAGGGCACGCCCCAGAUACCCACCCCUCCCCGGAGCCCCGCCCAAGGCUCUUCCGGAGACACUCUUUUCACUAAAAGCCCCGCCCACCAAUUCUACGGAGGCCAAUCAGAAUGUCACCCUUAACUCUCUCCCAGAAACGCAGACUGGAAACCUAAGUUUGCGCAACCUUUUGCAGACACACGGAAAGGAGAUACCCCAAACUUUUGGUUUCCUAAGAUGAACGCAGCCUCAAGGGAGCCCCUCCUCCAAAACACUGAGCUCAGCGCGCAGCUGCUCCAAAGGCGGGAAGGCGGAGCCCGGCACACGGCUUCUCCCUUUGCUGAGCGAGCUAGGAAAAACACUAGAGUCUCCCAUUAAAAUUUGCUCUGUUCUGUCCGGCGUCCCAAAACCCAGAACCGAGGACUUAGAUGUUUCAGCGCCUAGUUCGGCCCCGACGGGGUUGGACUGUCACAGAUGCGUACUCAGAAAACAAAGCAAUUUUUGUUUCCUGGUUGGUAUGAAGAACCGACUUUACAAAUGUGAGGAAAAGCAGGCAAGUUCUAAAUGUAGCAUGUUCCACACGUCUUCAGCUUAGUUUACGUCUGCUUGGGAUGAUGUCAUUAGUGUCCUCAUUCCCCUAGGAAUUCUACUAAGACGGGGGAGGGGGGUGGAGAGAGUGGAGACCCUGAGUUAGAGAUUGACACCUAAAUAGAUUAACUAAGUGAAUUAGCAAAAACAAGGUUCCCUAGCUAAACUGUACUCUCAGCAUUAAAGAGUAAGGUGGUAGGUCCGCGUGGUCUUUUGCAGACCCCUCGAGGGUAGAACUGGAUUUGCCUCAUACCAAAGGACAGGAUGCCCUAAAUGCCAACUCGCGGGUAAGGUUGUAGCCUACCCCUUUAAAAGGCAGUCACCGCUGGCACCAGAUGGCUGAGGGCAGAUUGUGGCUUCACGUUGCCACUUCCGAAGUCACGUCUGUCUCUUCCUUCCCAUUACCAGAAAACAGGUUACUGUACAUAAGGACUGUAACUCCUUCAUGUCCUAAACAAGACGGAUUCAUUUCACCAUGCAUUGCCACCACUACCAGAUCGACCAGCACAGGUCUGUAGGCCAUGAGACCAAAGCCAGAGACCUUUUUCCAGGUUCUCACACCUUCAAAGGGAGUCGAGCAAAGGUUAGACACAAGUGGGGUGGAGCUCAGGCCCUGUGUUCAGAUGCAUGCGCUCGCGCAUGCACACACACAUACAUACACACACACACACACACACACACACACACACACACACUCUCCGAGGGCAGUGGCGGGGCACCCCAACUGCGUUCUUGGGCCAGGGACUCCAGAUUCUAGCAAAGGGCGGAGCUUCUCGGAAAGUGAGGGAAGGCGGGGCUGGCAGGAACCCUAGGGGAAGUAGGAAGCUCGGCAGGCGAGCGGACCGGACCUCACCGAGGCUCAGGCUGGCUCGCCAUGUCUUCGGGAGGCCCGCGCGUGGGAUCCGUGUCCCGGGACUUCUCCAAGUUCUCCCUACCGUUGGCCGCGCUCAACGUGGGAGUGCGGCGCCGUCUCUCGCUAUUCUUGAAUGUCCGGAUGCCGGUGGCGGCCGACUGGACCUUGCUGGCGGAGGAGAUGGGCUUCGAGUACUUGGAGAUCCGACAGAUGGAGACGCGCCCUGACCCCACGGGCAGUUUGUUGGAUGCCUGGCAGGGGCGCUCUGGUGCGACGGUCGGCAGACUGUUAGAGAUGCUGGCCACGCUGGACCGUGAGGAUAUACUGCGGGAGCUGUUGCCCCACAUCGAGAAUGACUGCAAGAAAUACAAAACGAAGCAGCAGAUGCAGGAGUCUGAGAAGCCCUUACAGGUGGCCAGAGUGGAAAGCAGUGUUCCACAAACAAAGGAGCUGGAGGGCAUCACCACGCUUGACGACCCGCUGGGACAAACACCAGAGCUUUUCGAUGCCUUCAUCUGCUACUGCCCCAAUGAUAUUGAGUUUGUGCAGGAGAUGAUCAGGCAGCUAGAGCAGACAGACUAUCGGCUGAAGCUGUGUGUGUCCGACCGUGACGUCCUGCCAGGCACCUGUGUCUGGUCCAUUGCCAGUGAGCUCAUUGAGAAAAGGUGUCGCCGGAUGGUGGUAGUUGUUUCUGAUGAUUACUUACAGAGCAAGGAGUGUGAUUUCCAGACCAAGUUUGCUCUCAGCCUUUCUCCAGGUGUCCAACAGAAGCGGCUGAUUCCCAUAAAAUACAAGGCAAUGAAGAAGGACUUCCCCAGUAUCCUGCGGUUCAUCACUAUCUGUGACUAUACCAACCCUUGCACCAAGUCCUGGUUCUGGACCCGCCUUGCCAAGGCUUUGUCUCUGCCCUGAAGAUGGCCCCAGCAGCUCUAGGUCUGUCAGCCUGCCCUUGCCUCCUCUGACCCUGUAGGAGGGAAUUUAUAGUCCACUCAUCCCUAGAGGUUCUAGCUGAACUUCCACAGCAACCAAACCCCAUCUGGACACUCUCCCUCAAGUCCUGGGUGGAAUGAGUGACUGAAAUUGACUUUAUUGCUUGCUGGGUUGUCAGCCAGCACAGUGAUUACCAGAGUCAGUUGACUCUGUGUAGAGGACCAGCUAAGUUACAUCUGAGCCAUCUUUGGCCUCAGUUUCUCCACCUGAGGAACAGGAUAUGGAGAUCGGACAGGAGCAUGGGAAGACACUGUUCUGGCUGAUGGAGAGCUGGUUAUUAUGGGACCACAGCCUUGCCAGGACGACUUCCUCCUGUCUCCUGUCCGCCUUGCUUUCCUGUCCCUCCUUUUACAGGGCAAUGCGGAGGUGAGCUGACUUGGACCCGGAUUCUCUCAAACUCUCCUAUCUGCAUCUUUAACGCCCUCAGUCUCAGCCCCACGUUUGGUGGUCACUGGUCUGGGUAACUGGGAUUGCUUUUCCCUCCCAUGUAGCCAUACCUGUGCACGUAUUUCAGUUUUGCCUUGCUUGAAGAGGAUCAUGUCCUCUGACAUGCCUGUCACUUAUAGUAGCCCCAACAGGGCCAUCAGGAUGAUGUCAUCAGGGAAUCUUCCUCUCUGGCCCACCAACACAGAGACUUUUUACCAACUUUCUGCACCUCCAUUACCUACUUGGUUAACAAGAAGCAAAUAUAAAAAAUGUCCUUUCCCCAGUGCUUGGAGUCUUGUUCAUGCAGAUGCAUGUAACAUGCUCCCUUACACACACAGGCAUCUGCAUACAUGUGUUUACUUUGGGACAGCUCCCAAGAGUGGCUGAGUGGAAGAGUUCUACCAUCAAGGAGGCCUGGCCAUCUCCCUGGACAAAAAUGGGGUGCCUUUACUACAGGUGGUAGUGCAUGCCUACAAUUCCAGCUUUUGUGAGGUAGGGGCAGGAGAAUCAGGAGUUCAAGACUCUCCUCGGCUACACACCAAGUUUAAAGGCCAGCCUGGACUACAUGACUACAUCGCAGCCCAUCACACACACACACACACACACACACACACACACACACACACACUACCACCACCACCACCACCACCACCACCAAAAGAAGAAGAAGAAAAAGAUGGGACACUAUUAAUUUCUUCUCUCUUUUCUCUAAUCAUUGAAAGCAAAUGUGAGAGCAUGUGUGCCUUCAGCAAAAUAAAGUUGAAAAAGGAGAAGCUGCCUCACACCACAGCUCGGCUGCUUCCUCCCUAGCAAGAUGGUUCCCACAUUCCUCUCAAGCGCUCUGUCGUGGAGGCAAUGUCUCUGGUCUUUGUGCUCAGGGCAUACCCCAGGGUCCUGAAUCCAACAGAACAUGGGUCUCAGUGUCUGGGGCUGGAAUGGAGGCCCCAUCACAUGACCUCACAAAGCACUUCCGUGCUUGAUAUUGGGCAUUUUAGGGCAAUCUGGGCAAAAUAUCUUCUAUACCUGUUAUAUAGGUUUUAUGAGAACUUCAGUGAGAUUAGAUGGGAUAAAGGCUCAUAUUUGCCAUUUGUACUUCUGUACUUGAAAUUUAUAAUAAAAUUUAUUCUAUUUGAGAAAGCA